AUGUCCGGUGUAGAGGACGUAGAGGCUUCGGGGCGCAAGCACAAGCCUCCCUACACGCCGCAUCAUCCUGUACCGACCGUUCAACGUUACCGUCAAGAGAAACAGGACCGCGAGCAGCAGUACGGCCAUCCCGAUGCUGACGGUCAAGAUGAUCGCAGCAAGACCAACCGACUCACGGACGCAUACACCGCAUUGCGACACGGCAAGGAAGCCGUGAACCCGAACGAGAACACACAGCCGUACAAGUCCAUCAAUAAGAACUUGGAAGAUACCGACGAAAACGAUAUAGCAGACGAUCACGCCGGGCGCGUGAAACCAAAAAGUAAUGACGACAAGUUCAGGCGCAAGAGCGAUGGCGAUGAUGACCACGAUGACACGCCAAAGGAUACUACAGAAGGAAAUUUGGUUUCACAGGACCCCAAGAAAGCUAGAAAGGAUAUGAAGAAGUGGAGUGCAGACGGGACAGAACGCGAGGUCACAGAUCCAGUUACACAUCUCCCUGUGACAAUCCAUGAUUACACGGAGAAAGACUUGAAAAUGACACCCAAGAAUGGGCCACCUGCAGGCACGGAGGCAAGGUCGGCCACUGGCGCACUGGCCAUGAACAAGUCCGACGAGCAGCUUCAGGAUGAGCAGAAGGAGUCCCAGGAUGCCCACAGCGGUGUCGACCCUCUCUUCCCGCCUCCCGACUUUACCAUGACACGCGAAGGCAUCACGGACGCAUAUAGAAAGGCCAUUACCGCUGGACUUGGAUUGGUCGCCGCAAGCAUAGUUACCGUCGUAGCGCUUUUUCAAUUCACGCGUAACUCUACUGGCUGGUCGAGAGCCUUCUUCCUUCUGCUCGAGAUAGCUGCUUGUGUUGGUGCUUCCGGCGCUGUUAUCAUGGGCACACGACAGUGGACAGAGAAUAAGAUUAACAACGUAUGGGAGACUGAAGUCUGGCAGGCCGAGAGGGAGAAAGGCCAGAAGCUGAUCAAAACCAACAUUCCAGAGAGCGCGCAAUGGCUGAAUUCAUUUCUGGCUUCGGUCUGGCCGCUCAUCAACCCUGAUCUCUUUACUAGCAUAUCAGAUACUCUUGAGGAUGUUAUGCAAGCUAGUUUACCGAGGAUGGUUCGCAUGGUAUCUGUAGACGACAUUGGCCAAGGUAGCGAGUCCCUCCGCAUACUGGGUGUUCGAUGGCUUCCCACAGGUGCAGCGGCACGGUCUGUGGGUGAGGACGGCAAGCUCAAGAAGGGCGGCGAGAAGGAUAAGACAACAAGUGAUCGAUCGAUCCCAGGUCAAGGAGAAGUCGACGACAAAGCAGAAGGGAAAGACGAAGAUGGUGACGGACAGGAUGAUGGAAUUGCCGAAGGCAUGGAAGCCGAAGAAGGUGAUUUCGUCAAUGUGGAAAUCGCAUUCGCCUAUCGCCCAUCGACUGGACGGAAACGCAUGAAGGACCGUGCAAAGAAAGCGCACCUUUACAUGGCAUUUUAUCUACCUUCCAACAUCAAGCUUCCUGUCUGGGUCGAGGUCGAGGGUUUCGUCGGCGUGAUGCGCAUGCGUCUGCAGCUCACGCCUGACCCGCCCUUUUUCUCUUUGUGCACUUUUACCUUCCUCGGACAGCCCAAGGUCGAUAUCUCUUGCGUUCCACUUCUUAAACAAGCUCCCAAUCUGAUGGAUUUCCCGCUGAUCUCCCGCUUCGUCCAGUCGUCGGUCGACGCCGCCAUGGCUGAGUACGUGGCACCAAAGUCACUCACACUUGAUCUCAAGGACAUGAUGAUGGGCGACGACUUCAAGAAAGACACCAACGCACGUGGCGUUAUUGUUGUUACGAUCAAGCGUGCAUAUGACUUUAAGGAAGGAGAUGGAGGUAUCGGUCCAAUCAAGGGCUCAGCCGAUCCAUAUGUGAGUGUUGGCUGGGCCAAGUUUGGCAAACCCAUGUGGUCGACUCGUGUCCAGACGAAGAACAUGGAGCCCUACUGGCACGAGACUUGCUUCCUGCUGGUGACUUCGGACGAGCUCAACGUGGACGAACGUUUGAGACUACAACUAUGGGACGCAGAUCGUAUGUCAGCCGACGACGACCUAGGCCGCAUCGAAGUAGACGUCAAGCAUCUGAUGAAGGAUAAGGCAACGAACGGAAAGAUGCAUGACCGUGAGGAUGGAUUUCAAUCCCUCAAGAAGGGUGAGGGUAUGCCGGGCAAGCUGUGCUGGAGUCUUGGGUAUUACUCCAAGACCAGGAUCACCGACGAUCAGCUCACUGCUCAAGAAGAGGACUCGGAUAUUGAGAACAUCGAUCAGCUCAAGGAAAAAGUCUACAAGGAAAGCGAGCGCAAAUUGCGGGAGGCGAGUAAAGACGAAGGAGAGGAAAUUGAGCAGCAGAAGGCUCAAGAUCUCAAGGCUCGGGAAGACGAUCUCAUCAUCGCUUCGCCUCCACCAUCGAACUACCCUUCCGGUAUCCUCAGUGUCGUUGUCCAUCAAAUUACGGGCCUAGGAUUUGAAAGCCUAAACAGAAAGAAGCAGAAUGACGACGCCAGUGAGGAAGAGGAGGAGGGCGAUGAUCUGCCUUCCGCAUAUUGUACCAUCAUCCUCAAUCAUCAAAAGAUAUUCAGAACACGGACCAAGCCGAAGAACUCGAAGCCUUUCUUCAAUGCUGGCUGCGAGCGAUUCAUUCGCGACUGGCGCAACUCCGAAGUACACGUCUCAAUACGCGACGCACGUGUGCAUGAGGAUGACGCUCUUCUCGGCGUUGUCUAUCUGCCCCUGUCGAGGAUUCUCAAGCACCGCAGCCAACUCGUUUCCAACUUCCCGAUCGCUGGUGGCGUCGGCUACGGCCGCGCUCGUAUCUCAAUUGUGUUCCGGUCGGUGCAGCUCCAGGCUCCCCCAAGCAUGUUAGGCUGGGAAUUUGGGACACUGGAUAUCAAGCCCGUUGUAAAAGCCAUCAAGAUAACAGAUGACCUCAAGAAUUUAAGGAUGAAGAUACGCACCAGCCUCUCUCGUGGCAAGCUCCACUCUGGCACUCAAGACAGCGAAGCAAAUCAGCACGACGGCCACACCGUUUGGAAGACCCGGAAAGACAACAGCAUCCGUCUACCUGUACGCAAGCGCUACGCUUCGCCCCUCGUCGUCGAGUUUCGCAAGGAUUCCGCACUGUCCGACCGUACCCCUGCGUUUGCGAUUCUUUGGCUCAAAGACAUUCCGGAUAAUGAGGAACAGACCGUUCGCUUGAUCGUGUGGAAAGGCGACCUCAACCGCGCCGAGAACAAUGUCCUUGAGUCCUACGGCGACAAAGUCGGCGAGAUCGAGCUUACCAUGACGUUCUGGUCCGGCCUCUCAGGCUACCACCAACCGCUCGCCAAGAAGGACAAACACCUCGGCCAGGUCAUGGAGGUCCUCGAUGCGUGCAACGACAACGACGACAUGGACUGGAACAAUGGCUCAGACUCAGACAACAACUCCGACUCGUCUGAUUCCGACACUGACAAGUCUGAUUUUAUCCCAAGCAUCUUGCACCCGAACUCUAACAGCAGCUUGGAAAGCGAUGGAAAGAGGGGCUUAAUGGAUCAGGUCAGGGACUACAAACAGAACGCGAAGCAGCUGCAUCGCAGGAAUCGCGGCGCGAUGCAGUGGAAGGGUCCGAGGACGCUGGUGUAUUUGAAGCAUUUGGCGCAGAGGGGCGAGAACAAGGUGGAGAAUAUGUUCAAGAUGGAAGGGAAGGGCGGGAAGGGGAUUGAGACGGAGGCGUAG